ACCUGCAUGUGUUUGAACGAGAAUGGUUACUAAAUCUUUGAAUCCGCCACUUUACCUGUAGCGAAUCACGUGAUGUCACACAGGUAUACAGACCAGGAAGUACUGACAAGUUUUUGACUCGCCAUGUUGGAUUAUCAUUAAGGGUCAAUGAACAUGGACCCCGUUCGUAAUUGGGCCCAAGAUGUGUUACGGUGUCAUCUCUGUGAGACCCCGGUUCCCCCUCUGUACUGUGACAUUUGUAAAAAGCAUGUAUGUAAAGCUUGUGUAGGGGAACAUUUCUCAGAUGAAUCCACAGCACACAAAGUGGUGCCAUUUAAAAGUUUGGGAUCCGCUACAACAUGUCAAAAACAUUCAUCCAAAAUAUGUGAACUAUACUGCGAACAAUGUAACAUUCCUAUCUGUUUCCAAUGCAUUUCCUCUGGAGAGCAUGAACAACACAAAAAAGUUAACAUUUUAGAAAAUUUUGAGUCCAAAAAAGCAGUUUUAAAAAGAGAUUUACAAGAAUUAGAGGAAUCUAUUGAUCCUAAAUACCGAGAGAUUGCAAUAAACAUUUCUGAUCAGAAAACUGAUCUAAAUAAAAAUUCACGGAAAUUAAAAAUAGCUAUCGACAAACAUGGAGAAGAUUUGCACAGAGAAAUAGACAUCAUGAUCCAGAAACUAAAAUCUGAUCUGCAUGAAAUAGACUCUAAACAUCUGGUCGUCUUAACUAAACAGGAAAAUGAUAUAAAAAGUACUAUUUCUGAAAUCACAGAAAUCAUUUCUGAUCUAAAGAAGCUACUUAACUCCGAUAAUGUCAGCAUUGUCUCUGCUUAUAAAUCCAGGAAUGUUGAGUUCAGAAGAUUGCCACCAAAACUCACGGUUUCCUUACCAAGUUUUACCGCUCAUAAAAUUAACAGAGAACAGCUUUAUCAGCAGUUUGGUUCUCUGACAGAGUCAUCCAUCAAAACAGAAGAACAUGGCUACACCAUGGAUUCUCCCGGUGCUGAGUCCUCUCCCCCGAACAGACCGCUCAUUGAAGUACCACGGAUAAUCACAGAGAUAAACACUGAGCAAGGAGGAUUCGAAAGUGUGUCCUGUCUCAGUGAUGAGGAGAUAUGGACGUGUGGUGACGAAAAUAUCAUAAGACUCUAUAACCUCCGUGGGGAACUAGUGAAGUCAGUCCGAACCAAGUCAGGGAACGUUCCAUGGAACAUAGCAGUGACAAGGAGUGGGGAUCUGGUUUAUACUGAUUACGAUGAUAGAUCUGUUAACAUAGUUAAGAAAACGCAUAUUCAGACAGUGAUCAGGGUACGAGGGUGGAGAGCUUACCGUGUCUGUAGUUCCUUCUCUGGUGAUCUCCUGAUUCUUAUGAACAGCGAUGAUAAACAAGUUAAAGUAGCACGCUACUCAGGCUCAACAGAAAAGCAAUCUAUUCAAUUCAAUGACAAUAGAGAACCUCUUUUUUCACCGAGUGGUUUCAUCAAAUACAUUUGCGAGAACAGAAACCAAGAUAUAUGUGUGUCUGACCGUAAGGCCAAAUCAAUAUUGGUUGUAAGUCAGGCCGGGAAACUCCGGUUUACCUAUAAAGGUCCUACCUUUACAACCAAGGGAUCAUUUAUUCCAUGCGGCAUCACAACAGAUAGCCAGGGUCGGAUCCUAACAGCAGACUGGGACAACGACCAUAUCCACAUCCUGGAUCAGGACGGACAGUUCCUCCACUACAUUGACAACUGUCAUUUACAGCGUCCAUGGGGUUUAUGUGUGGAUUCCAGAGACAACCUCUUUGUGGCUGAGAACUACACAGGUAUAGUGAAGAAAAUCCAGUAUAACCAUUGAAAAGAAGUAUGGAAAACACUUUAAAUAAGCAUGUGUGCAUCACAUGUAUUGAACAUAUUAUAUAUACUAUGAAAUGAUUAAACAGAUGUAUGUAUUUG